AUGGAAGACAGACUGCCUUACGAAACUCCGUUGCCUACCAAUCAUAAGCUGUCAGAUGAAAAGGACAAAGAUCCUGAAGUGGAUCCUUCGGUUCAUCAUGCAAUGAUUGGUUCUUUAAUGUAUCUUACUGCAUCUCGACCCGACAUAAUGUUUUCGGUGUGCUUAUGUGCUACGUACCAAGCAAAUCCAAGAGAAUCGCAUUUGAAAGCCGUCAAACGAAUUUUUCCCUAUCUUAAAGGCAAACCAAGACUUGGAUUGUGGUAUCCAGUCGAGGGAGGCUUGGACUUGUUAGCAUAUGCGGAUGCGGAUUUUGGCGGGUGCCCGAUCAACAGGAAGUCAACCUCUGGUGGUGCUCAUCUGCUUAGAAGCCGUCUGAUAUCCUGGCAAUGCAAAAAGCAACAAUCAGUGUCGCUGUCCACAUGUGAAGCAGAAUACAUCUCCGCUUCGAGCUGCUGUGCUCAAGUCUUGUGGAUCCAACAGCAAUUGCGGGAUUACGGUUAG